AUGAUCUCCUGCGCACAAAUCAAUGCGCCGUCCAAGACACCCGCUUUAUGGGCACCUGCCGGCCUACGAGAGCUUUGGAUGAAGAACCCGGGCAGCAUGGAAGCGAUGAUGAAGGAGAUGUCGCAUGAUUUUCGGGUUCUCCAGGUCCACGGAACGCUGUUCAAAGUUUACGCACCUUCGAUUAUUCCGCUCGCACCAGCGCUAGCAAAAGAAAUCAGCUCCUCGAGCAAAGGAGCCCGACCUGACGAUCCAAUCAUACUGUCCGAUCCCCCGGAAUCAUCAGAACAUUUCCAAGCUUUCUUAUUUGGAGUAUACAAACAAUCCGAUCUAGACGUACGCGUGGUGUCCUUUCUCGACAUCCUCCUAGUUGCGGAGAUGUCCUUCCAUUAUGGAAACAUCAAUAGCGCAUUCUGGGCCAUGGAGGGUGUACGGUUGGGGGUGUACGCCACACAAGAUAGACCUUUGCGCUCUGCGUCGGCAGACCUCUUCGUACGGCUCCUCAAGGUGGCUUUCAUCUGCGAAGAUGAUGCGCUAUCGCAUUCGGUGCAGUCCCAGUGGCUUUGUAGGCUCUUCCGAGGGGAGCUAUCUCCGCUGCGGGCGAUAGAAAUGGGGAGCAAAGAGCCUGGUCGGUUAGAGCACCUCCUGAGCCACGCGUAUUAUGUUCAUAUGGUUCAGCUGGAUCCUCUGUUGUCUGCAGGCCAGUCCAUCGAGGCCAGAUCCCCCUUGUCGAGUAUCCAGAACCUCCACGUCUUUUGUGGCUAUUAUUCUCUGUCGACGUUUAUAGCGAAGAUAGGGGAAUGUCCCCGGCCAUUUCGGAGAGGAAGGGGGUGCAUGUCUCAUGCGGAUUGUGAGAGGGUGUGGAAGGCGAGCUGGACGGCUGCUAUGAAGAACAGUUCAACGGGAUCUGAAGUGGAUAUUCUUGGACGGUUGAGAGGGGUCGUGUUGGAACUAGGGAGGGACCAACUGUUGCCGCUUGCGAUGUUCCAUCGUUGUCGUAUAAAUGCGUUGGGCAGUGUUGCGAAGCUUAGAGAGACCAUUUCUAAGCAAUUAAAUCACCAUUUUGAUUUAACUGGUAGAGAGAAAUUACCCACGACUCGUUAUUCGUCUAGUGUCGGACUCUUCCCUGCGGCAGUAGGCUGCCAACUUACCGACGACACGCGACUCGAAGAUUAUCAUCUCGUUCACACGUUCGAGGGCGCAUGA